AUGAACCACGGAUAUGAUGACGACGAUGACGACAACGACUAUCAGCCACCUCAGCAGGCUCAUGCUGGACCAUCUGGGAUCCUCGCGCAGCUGAUGGGCGGAAUGGGAGGCGGGAUGGGUGGUGGAUAUGGAGGUGGACAUAACAUGUUUGGGGGGUUCGGGAUGGCCGCGCCGCCCAGCGCGUACGAUGACUAUUUUAAGGCGUACUCUGCUGCUGUGAUGACUGGGACUGAGCGAGCUGAGGUGUUGUACGGUGGAAAGAUCAUCAUGCCUCCUUCGGCACUCGCCAAACUAACUGGUCUUGACAUUGACGGUCCAUGGACGUUCCACCUCCGGAAUCCCCGCAACCCCGCUGCGUACAAUACCUACGCCGGUGUGCUGGAGUUCGUCGCUUCCGAGGGCGUUGUACAUCUUCCAGCAUGGAUGAUGAAAUCGCUCAACUUGAACGAGGGCGACCCGAUCCGGCUCACGGGUACCGUCAUGCCGGUCAAGGGCAAGCUCGUCAAAGUUCAAGCCCAGUCAAGGGAUUUCGAGCAGGUCUCAGAUCCACGAGCAGUCCUCGAGUCCGCCUUCCGAUCCUACUCGGUCAUAACCAAAGGCUCCAUAAUCGAAAUCUCCUACAACUCACUCACCUUCGAAUUCCUCAUCGUCGACGUCCAACCGCCUACCGAUGCCAACGGGGGUAUCUCCGUCCUCGAUACGGACCUCGAAGUCGACUUUGACGUUCCGAAGGGAUAUGUCGAGCCCCCACGCCCCGAGCCCAAGGCGAUACCGACCAUGGCGGAGAAGCUGAAGAUUGAUCUGGGAGGAACGACGCCCGCGUCGGCGGGGUCGAGUCGGCCCGGGAGUUCUUUGGGCGGUGAAGGAGGGAGUCUGGAGGCAGGGGGGUCGGAGGUAUUUAUGGGGGUGGGGCAGAGUUUGAGUGGGCGGAAAGUGAGGGGCAAGGGGCUGGCGAAGAAGAUUGAGGAGGUGGAUCCGUCGUCGACAAUCAUUCGGAAUGCCAAACCCCGCAUCAUCACCCCCGACUCCCUUUCCUCCGACCCCAACCGCGCCGUCCCCGCCGUCCUCUCCCUCCCACCCGGUAAAUUCUUCUUCGGGUACACCUAUGUCCCCUUCGACCACUCCAAAGCGCCCAAGCCCAAACCUACCGCCGAAGAGAUCGCUGCCGCCGAAGAGUCCAAACCUUCUUUCGGAGGCGAGGGGGUUACGCUCAAGGGGAAGCGGAAGGCCGCUGAGCCUGCUUCGGCCUCUGCUUCGGGCUCGGGUUCGGGAACAGGCGUCAAGGAGGAGAAAGAGGAGAAGGUGGAUCCGUGGGCCAAGUUCGGAUCGGGGUCGGGGAAUACUCUCCGAAAAGCGGCGGGAAGUACAGCAGCGAGUGCAGGGGCCAAGAAGGAGGAGGAGAAGCCCAAGCAGUCCAAGCCGGAACCCGAUGACAUUAUCGACGCGACGAUGAUGGACGAUGAUGAUGAGGAGGAGUGGGAUGAGAAUGGGGAGAUGGAGAGUGAUGAUGAUGAGGUGUAUAUCGAAGUGGAUUCGGACUGA